AUGCCUAUCCAGACUGCCCAUGACACCGCCCAUACCGAGCGGACAGAAGACGAGCGUCCACAUGACUUUGUAGAAAAGAUCGCGGGUGCCGGUCAUGAUGAAGAUGCCGACGGCGAGGAAGAUGAUUUCUGCGAUGAGGGAAUUCAGAUAGAAGAGGAGAAAUGGGCGGAUGUAGCUGGUACGGCGUUUUUGGGCUAUUGGGAGGUCUUUUUCCGUUGUUAUAAUGGGCUGGUAGGUGUUUGGGAGGGACAUCUUGGGUAG